GAGUCUUCUCUGACUAUCAGGCUUCGCGUCUCUUCGCGCACCAAUGCUGUUCCGCCGCCGCCGUUCGUGCCGGCGUCGCUUUGCUCACGAGUAGCCGACAUCAAUCAUCACCGGCCGUCGCAAACAGUUUCCUUUCUGCUGCAGUUUAUCGUCCUCCUUCCCGACGCACCGCAAGUUUCACUGCCGGCGGACAAUCCUCGUUCUUUCCCAUCGCGAGCAUCCGGGGAAUAACCUCAGCCAGAAGCCUGCCGCAGGGAGCCGCCGCCGGAGAAGAGGUCGCGAGCGGCUAAGAAUCGGAUCACCCAUUUGUCUUUUACUGAGAUUACAAGAAUGGAUAGCAAUCUGACAAAAGCUAACCAAGUUGAGGAUGAAGAAGAGUAUAUUUUGCUUGACUUGGAUGAUGUGUGUGUUGAUGCAGAUAUUCCAGCCAAUACUCCCUUUGUCCUCUCUGGUUUGGACACGAUGAAUCCUGUCUUGGCCAUUGGUGAUCAUCUAAAACUAAUUGGAGAAUACCAAGAGACGAUGGGAACAUGUUAUAUCUUCACUGAAAGUGAUGAAGCACCUACUACGACUUGCCCUGACACUACAACUUCUGAAACAAACUCUUCGAAGGAUAAAAAAAUCAUUGAUGCGAAACAAGCCCUGGCGCAUCAGGUUAAGCCCAUAGCUAGUCUUCAAAAAAUUCUCAAAUUCAAGCUGGUGACGGAGGAUCCAAAUGGGAUGGUAGAAGGGAUGAUCACUAGCAUGUCAUGAUUCUUUUUCUUGAUUCCUAUGUUAUUUUUUAUUUUCUUUCCUGAAAAUAUAUCUCUAGGGUGCCAGUUGGUUGCACCCAGACGAUCUAGACAUGUAGUGGACUAAAUUAAAGCAAAGUGUAUCCAACAAGGAAGAGAGAGACCAUGAGUUGGAAUUUUGAUUUGGAAGUAGAGCACUGCAUAAAGUAGCCACAAGUUUGAUAUCUAAAUGAACAUGUUGAGCUGCUGAGGUCAGUAAUUCUCUUCAUCCAAUCAACUUCUUGAAUAUGUCUAGAAGACAACCAUGUGGAUCCAAAUGGGUGCAUUUAUUUAUUGAAGAAUUUGAUGGAUUCAACUCUA